CGAUAGAUUUAUUAAUUCCAUGAUUAAUCUGAUUAACUGAUAAUGAGAUAGAUAAAGUUACCUGGAUAUUUAGAAAGAGGAGAGGGAAUAGAAUGAAUUAUUUCAUUGUAUAGAGGCGAAGAGAGAGAGAGAGAGAGAGAGAGGGUAUAGUGCAAGAGAGAGUCUGCGGAGAGUCCCCGGAUAUAACGUUAAAAAGGGAGGUUCCAUGUCACGGUAACCGUUGGCAAAAACUAAAGCGGGACACGUCUCAACAUCUAAAAUUCUUGAAUGGUACGAAAAAUAAGCUUCAGAAGAAAAUAAAUGGUAUAAUUACGCAAAUUCUUAAUCCACAUUUUGAAUCUCACGGUACAUUUAUCGACAAGACAUCCCAUGAAAGUUAGAUUGUGACAUCAAAGCACAGCGGUACUUUGAAAAACUACGUUUUUGACGUCAAACUUCCUUCACAUGCAUUAAAACAGCCGAGGAAACUGCGUCCGCCCCUUUUCCCAAAUACAGACAGAUGAACUCAGUUGGCACCCUAUCGAGGGCACACGACUGAGAGUUCCCCCAACAUCCAUCACUUGUCGAGCUGAUAGCAGAAAACUCGGUGUGGUAGGGUGAUCCUCUUUGGCAGUCAUGGACACUUACCAACAGUAUCCAUCCCAAAUGUUAAUGAACUGGGGAGUAUUUCUAACCGACCAAGGAGCUGUGCAAGGGGGACAGGGCGUGUACACGGAUCCUUGGUCCAACCCCGUUUCGACAGUAAACACGGUCAGCACCGUCACAUCUCUUCUGAAAAAUGGCCAAACUAUAUUUAGCCCGGAUUGGAACACGGUACCCAUUAACGGCUACAACACUCACCCCUAUGCUACCGGCCUGUCUGCUGCUGGUUACGAUAGCAUUAACGAUUUAGCGGAUCAGUUCUGUGAACUAUCACUGUCUGUUGACAGAAAGCCCAGUAAACGUCCACCCAGCACCUACCUCUGCCAUCUGUGCUUCACCAAGGGACACUUCAUCAGAGACUGUCCACAGGCAAGACCAAAGGGGGAAGGACUAACACCCUACCAAGGCAAGAAGAGAUGUUUUGGCGAGUACAAGUGUCCUAAGUGUAAGAGGAAGUGGAUGAGUGGAAACAGUUGGGCCAACACAGGACAAUCCUGUAUUAAGUGCAACAUCAUGGUCUAUCCACAUAAACAGCGACCCUUGGAUAAGCCUGAUGGAUUGGACGUUUCUGACCAAAGCAAGGUCCACCCUCAGCAUCUGUGUGAGAAAUGCAAGAGUCUUGGAUUCUACUGUAGGAGGACUACUGAUCACCAUUUUCACUGAACAUUAGAGGAUGAUAUCAACUGUUCUCUUCGAGAUGAAAUUAACCGAGAUCUGUCCGUGGAAUACAUUAGGCCAAUUCAACUUAAUUAGUAGAUUAUCAUCCAGGGUCACCAAAAAGUAUGGGGCGGGUGGGAGAAUUUUAGUUUUUAAUUUUUAUUUUCUGAAAAAAAUAUUAAUGACAAACGAGUUUUUGUCAACAGAAGUGCUUCAUUUAAUGCCAGAUGGAUAUCAAUCUAUGCUUAUUUCACAGACGAAUUCCAGGUUAAGUUUAAUUUCUAACACAAAAAGAUACCAAACUUCUUCAAGAUUUACAUGUACGCCCAUAAGAAUGCAAGAAGCCAUAUUCUUCAUGUGGCUUUUCACGUUGCUAUACCGAAAAUGUACACAAGAAGUGUAAAUACCUGAGUUGGACAUGAAAAUUUUCUGGAAAUCGCAAGUUUCACAAAAUAAAAAAAAUUGGGGCGGGCCAAUUUUUGAGGGGUGGGCGGGGAUGAUAAUCUAUCAAUUAAGUUGAAUUGGCCUUAAUUGAAUAUAGCUUAAAGGGGCAUUAACUGUCAAAAUCAUGUUUGUCAAUUACCAUUAUUAGCAAAUAUGACUAAACAGCUUUACAUUACAUUUUAAAUUUAUACUUCCUGCAACCUUUUGUUGUAAUUUUGACAUAAAAGUUUCUUUUAAUAUAUGUAUAGAAGUAAAUAAUUCAUUGCAAUGCAGAAAAUGUUUGCAUUAUUUUUUUUAAAAAUUCUGUUGAAGGUUGCACAUUUUUUUUAUUUGUGAGAUUAUUAUUCUUCAUUUGUUCAGCAUGGUUAAGAACAAGAAAUUUUUUACUCCCUAUCAGUUGUCAGGUAAUGCCCCUUUAAACUUGCAGUGAUACAUUACAAGAAAAUUUAAACAUAGCUGAACUUGUAUUCAUUAAUUGAAUGGUAUCUAGUUUGAAAAUUUUAAUUUGUACCAAACUACCAUUACCAGGUACAUAUUUUAGCUCACCUGUGCCAGACACUCGAUAAAAUUUGUCUGUUUAUGUAUAUCUGUCAGACAUGAACAUUUCAUAUUGACAACUUUAGUAGCAGUGACUGUGCACCACAUAACAAAAUUUGAUGCUAUAAAAAUCUUGGCAAUACAACAACUGAGACAAACUUUACUUUUUCACAAGAACAAUCAAAUACCUCCAAUUACUCCAGUUCUACUCCAACAUUCACGAAGUAUGAAGUCCAGUUAGGAGAUGAAGCUACCAGUCAGGAAUUGUGCUCUUUUUCAUGUGAGCAUUGUAGCCCAUAGACCUCUUUAAAAAAGUAAAUCUUUACCCCUAUUUUAGAUUGUACCAUGUAUGGAAAUUUACAUCUUAAACCCAAGUCACAACUGCUAUCUGUUGAUGCACAAUAUGCAUUUAUAAGGAUUUUCACACAUUCCUGAUACAUUUGAAGCAAUAUCUAUUUAAAGAUAGAAUAAUUAUGUGUGUCAGGAAAUAUGAGAUACAUAUUAAUUCUAAGAGAUGCUUUCUAUGGCAGCUGGUGAAUGUUGAACAACAGCAAACAGCCUCCACCUUUGGUGUUUAACACAUUUUUUUUUUUUUUGCUGUCUGUGACAUUUGAAGAUAUGUUAAAAAUGUUGAGUAUAUAAUGAAAUGUAAAUGAGUUUAUAGUAUGUAAAUUUACUGGUUCAUAUGUAAAUUUACUGGUUACUGGGCCAUUAGUUUAGAAAAUUGAAGUCCAAGUACAUGUAUAUGUGAUAUAACUAGAGGAAGUGAAAAUAUGUAAAUCUGGGAUCACAACUCGAUAUUUCAACUAUAUAUAUUGUGACGGUUAAGAUUGAUUUGUAUAUGGUAGAAGAUCUGCUUUGUAAACAUCUGAACUAUUUGUAUAUAUUUGCUGUGGGUUUUUAAUUGUUAUGAGAUUUCAUAUACUUAAACAUUUCCAUUUUUGUGGUCUUUUGAGUAUGAUGUAGAUAUUUCAAUACAUUAUUUAUGUUUGUUUUUUUUUUUAUUUUGUUAUGUGUAGUUUCUUUAUUAUCUUAUUUUUUCUAUCAAAGGAAGAGACAGUAAUGAACAGGUGUUUUUUUUUUUAUUUGUGUCUCUUUAGUCAGGGAAUAGUGAACCUGAUGACAGUGUCCUAACGUGCCAAACAAGAUGUAUUUUAUCACAAUCAAAUUCUGCAUGCUAUUGUGUUGUGUAUUCAUCAGCAUUAAAUGUGUAUGACAAAUGUUAAA